UAUUACAUUGGUUCACUGUGUGCACAAAAGUUGGCUACCAGUGCACGUGAGUUUGCUAGUUUGUUAGGUGGUUGAUGAGUUGUGUGAUGAGCUGGAAGGUUAAGUGUGUAGUGUAGUGAGAAGAUUUUAGAAGAUAUAUCUCUAUAUAUAGGUGCAAAUUGUAAUAACACAACGUGAUUUUUACAGUUAAUAAAAUUUCUUCCUUCCUUCUUCUCUGUCUAAUGCAGCUUGGUAAAACCAAGCUUUAUAUCAGUUGUUUGGUAAAAUUUCACAUGGUAUCAGAGCUCCAGUUCUAUCAUGGAGUACGAGAAACAAUCUAUGGAGUUUAGAUCUCCAUUUUAGUAGAGAAACAAUCAGCUUGAAACUCUGAAUUGUUGUAGUUUAGAUAUGUCUCUGUUUUUGAGAAAGUUGUUAGUAGUUUUUUCUAUCCCUACAUCUAAUUGAUUUAUUGUUGAAGAGUGAAGAAUGACACCUAAGAUAGAUCCCAGUGAUCCUUUGUUCAUAGGUACAUCAGAUGUGUCUGGAGAUACGUUGAUUCCAAUCAAGCUUGUUGGCUCUGAAAAUUAUACUGUGUGGAGUAUAUCAAUGAGGAUUGAGCUAUUGGGAAAAAGGAAAUUUUGAUUUGUAACUGGUGCGUGCAACAAAGAGAUGUAUAGAGAAGAGUUGCAUGAAUAAUGGAAACCUGCAAUGCCAUAGUGCUGUCAUGGCUAAUGAGUUCCGUAAGUUCUGAGUUGUCGACUGAGAUUGUGUAUGCCACUGGUGCACGAGAAGUUUGAGAAGAUCUGAAGGAAAGGUUUGAUAAGGUGAAUAGAAUGAGAUUAUUCCAACUACACAGAGAAAUCAACACGCUGAUGCAAGAACUGAUUCAGUAGCUACUUACUUUACCAAACAAAAAGGCUUAUGGAAUGAAUAUGACGAUGUAAUCCAGUUUGUCCAAGAUCUAAGGAUUAUGCAGAUCACCUUGCCCAAAUGAGGUUGUUACAGUUUCUGGGAGGAUUUAAUGAUUCAUAUGAACAAGGAGACAAAUUUUGCUCAAAGGAGCUGCAGCUUCUCUUAAUCAAGCAUAUGCUGUGAUAGCUGAAGAGGACGAGCUGCAACAACUUUCCUGCUCCUCCGUCACAAUUGAUAAAUGAGAACCUAUUGCAUGCAGAUGAAUAGAGGUUCAGAAGUAAGCCACAGAAAUCAGAAUUACAAGGGGAAGAAAUGUGAAUACUAUCACCUCACUGGACACAAAAGAGAAAAUUGUUACAAGCUGAUUGGAUACCCUGUUAACUGGAAAUUGAGGAGAAAGAUGAGUAACAGUAAUGGAUGUUCAGAAGGAUUCAUGCCUCACAAUCCAGUAAAUGGAUAUGGAAGUCAGGACACUGGAAGAUUCAAUGCCACUAGGCACCCUGGGAAUCAAUAUGCAAGCCAAGUUAAUACUCAGUUUUCAUCUAGUACAUUCAAUGGACAAAGUGUUGGUGGAGAUGCAUAUCAAAAUGCUUCAAAUAGUCAAGUUGGUCCCAAGGAAAUCAAUAAUACAAUGCUGGCAAAAGGUCACGCCUUCACUGAUGGGGAGUACAAGCAGAUUAUGGAACUUCUCAAUAGGGAUCAACAGGAGAUGAAACAUGCUAACAUGUCAGGAUCUUUAUAAUGGCAGGGUGAGGGGAAUUGGUAAAGAAAAAGGAGGAUUAUACAUUCUUCAAGGUGUACAGAGAAGGGAGAAUACUUUUGAAGAUAAAGAGAAGCCAGUAGCAAGCAUUAUGAUGCAAGACAGCAUACUAUGGCAAAAGAGACUUGGACAUCCAUUCACACAAGUGCUAAAGUCACUAGACUUGUUGAGCCCUUGUAAAGAUUCUGAGCUACUAAAUAAAUAUCAUGUAUGUCCUCUAGCCAAGCAGACUAGAUUACUUAUUCCUGACAGCUAAACUAAGUCCAUCAUGUGUUUUGAUAUUGUACAUAUGAAUUUGU